AUGAAGAGCUUCCUCCUCACGUGCUCCUUGGUCGCCAGUGCGUCUGCGCACACCAUCUUCACACAGCUCCAUUGCCGGCCAAUCACCGACGUGACGUCCAAUGAUGUUAUCUGCAAUGGAGGCCCUAAUCCGCUUCGGACUCCCCUCCCUAAGGACAUCAUCCAGGUCAAAGCCGGGGACAAAUUGACUGCGGAGUGGCACCAUACGUUAGACAGCAACCAAGCGACCGACAAGUCCGAUCCCAUCGACCCGGGCCACCUUGGUCCCGUUAUGGUCUAUUUGGCCAAGGUUGACGACGCCCUGACAACGAAGGUUACUGGCCUGAAAUGGUUCAAGAUCUAUGAAGAUGGCAUGGACGCCAGCGGAAACUGGGCGGUAACGAGACUAUACAACAAUAAAGGCUUAGUAGUGCAUCCAGCCCGGCCAGUCAGUGUCCCCUACCCCUUCCCCCUUCCUCUUCGCUCCGCCCCAGCUAACGCCACCAACAGAUACCUCCUCCGAGCCGAGAUCAUCGCCUUGCACGGUGCCGGAAACUACCCCGGCGCACAGCUGUACAUGGAAUGCGCUCAGAUUAACGUGAGUGGAGGAGGAAGCGCGAACCCACCAACUGUAAGCUUCCCUGGCGCGUACAAGGGAACGGACCCAGGCAUCAAGUUCCAGCUCUACUGGCCGAAGCCGACCUCCUACACGAUUCCGGGACCCAGGCCGUUCAUCUGCUAG